AUGCCCGAGUACGGCCUCGGGUUCUGGCAAUACGAGGCAGAGCCCGAAUAUACGGUAUAUGAUUUCGACAUCUACCGGUAUUAUAGAGGUCCCAACCUGAUGAUCGGUAACUGGUACCCUCGGGAUUACUCUCGAGGCUUCUACGAAGGGAUGAAGGCUUCCGGACAGGAUAAAGUUGUGAAUUUGCCUCAGCUAGGGAACUCGGGAGGUAGCCACUGUCGAUCAGGUGCCGCUAAUGAGGUUUGGUCAUAUGGCGAGGAAGUCUAUCAAAUCUGCAAGACAUAUUUAGCUCUACGGGAGAAGAUGAAAGAUUAUAUUCGGGAGCUGAUGAAAGCUGCUCAUAUUCACGGCGACCCCCUCAUGCGUCCCUUGUUUUACGACUUUCCACAGGACGAGAAAGCGUGGAGAAUCGAGGACGAGUAUAUGUUCGGUUGGAAGUACUUAGUAGCACCUGUGCUCAAAGCUGGUCAGAUGCAGUCUACGGUCUAUCUUCCUAAGGGGAAACAGUGGCGACUAGUUUCCGCCCAGGGCGAGGCCACGGGGACGCGUUGCAAGGAGGAAGUUAUGUAA